AUGAGGGCCGAGUACGAUGUGUGGUUCCGAGACCCGCGUCUCGUCAUUCAUGAGAUGCUUGCGCGUCCCGACUUCAAGGCUGACCUCGACUACACCCCCUAUCGUGACUACAGCAACGAUGGUGUCCGUCAGUAUGAGAACUUGUUCUCAGGGGAUUGGGCUUGGGAGCAAGUGAACAUGAUAUCCGAAGACCCCGAAAGCCACGGAUCCACGUUUGUGCCGGUGAUUCUUGGGAGCGACAAGACAACUGUCUCGGUCGCAACCGACGCAAACUUCCGAAAGUUUCGACGACAGCUGUUCCACGCAUCCCUCGCAACCAUCCUCCAGUCGCUGAAGCCCGGCAUGACCAAACACGAAGUGGUUCGGUUUGGCGACGGUUACCAUCGCCGUGUGAUAUAUGGCCUUGGGCCAUAUAUAGCUGACUAUCCGGAACAAGUCCUCCUUGCGGGUAUCGUGCAGGGGUGGUGCGCACGCUGCUUGGCAUUUCCGGAUGAACUCGACGACAAAUGUAUGCAACGGAAUCAAAGGCAUAAUGAGACGCUGGUGCAGGAGCUUCCGCCGGGGGUACUGUGGGACGAGUACGGGUUAAUUGCGGACGUCGUGCCUUUCACCAAUGAUUUCCCCCGCGCCGACAUUCAUGAUCUCAUAGCCCCCGACAUCCUCCAUCAACUCAUCAAAGGAACGUUCAAGGACCACCUGGUUGACUGGGUUGAACAAUACCUCGAGAAAACGCAUGGGAAAGCGCGGGCUGCGCAGAUUUUGGACGACAUUGAUCGACGCAUAGCAGUUUCGGCACCUUUCGCUGGCUUGCGAAGGUUUCCCCAAGGGAGGGGCUUCAAACAAUGGACCGGUGACGAUUCAAAGGCUCUCAUGAAGGUACACUUUUUUCAUUUACCCGUUUACCUCCCUGCAAUUGAGAACCAUGUCCCACCUGACAUGGUGCGCGCGUUUCGCGCGUUUCUCGAGUUCUGUUAUUAUGUCCGGCGCAAUGUCAUCACUGAUGACGACUUCAAGGACAUGGAUGAUGCACUUGCUCGGUUUCAUCGGUACCGCCAAAUCUUCAUCAACUCCGGUGUCAGUAUGACACUCUCCCUCCCCCGGCAGCACUCUUUGGUCCACUACCGCUACCUCAUACAACGAUUCGGGGCGCCAAACGGGCUCUGUUCCUCCAUUACAGAGUCAAAGCACAUCGAGGCCGUGAAAGAUCCUUGGCGCCGAUCGAGCAGGUUCAACGCUCUUGGCCAGAUGCUCACUACGAACUCGCGACUCGACAAGCUUGUUGCGUGCCGCGUCGAUUUCGAUGCUCGCGGAAUGCUCGGGUGGAACGGUCCAUCCCCCAAAACCAGCUUGAGGCCGGCGAACACCCCAACAACCUUCGCAAUCCAGGCACUCAAUGGUUCACAACGUAUCAAAGCUGUCGGAAGGAUAGACGGAAUGGAACUCAUGGCUGAGGUGAAGCUUGCGAAAAGCCGAGCACGAAAACGGGCCCGGACUCUGCCCGACUUGGCCCGAGAGAUCGACACCCCCACCGUCAUUGAGCAGACACGGCGCUUUCUUUUCUCCAUACUCCACUCCAAUGAUCCUCGUCUUCGAUACAAUGUCUUCAUCCCAGUCCAGGAGUGCCCGCGUGCCCCAAUGAAGAUCACCGUGGUCAACUCCGCAGUCUCGACGUUUCGAGCUCCGAGCGACAACUGCGGGACAGGUGGAUUGAAGCGGGAGCGCAUUCAAUCCACACCUUCUUGGCGGAACGAAGCUCCGCGGGUUGAUUGCGCUUUACUGCUCACUGACGCGUCUCUUCCAGGAACGCUCGCAAUGGACGUUGUCCGCGUCCUUGCAUUCUUCAAGUUCAGUCAUCAAGGCGUCACUUACGAGUGUGCAGUCGUGCACUGGUACCAAUACUACUCUAACGAACGCGACGAUGUCACCGGCAUGUACAUAGUACAGCCCAAGCACAAUGCCGACGGCUCACGCGACAUAUCUGUUGUUGACGUGAAUUCGAUGGUACGGGCCUGCCACCUUCUCCCCGUAUUUGGCAAGGACUUUAUUUCCGAAGAUAUGUCGUGUCACCAGUCCUAUGAUAGCUUCGACGGAUACUACAUUAACCGCUUCAUUGAUCAUCAUGCAUUCGAGCUAUUAUAG